AAAUAAAGUAGAUGAAAAAACUAGAAACCAGCUGGCUUGAAACGCAGACUUGAAAGUGUAUCAAAAAGGGGACAGUUCUUCCACUGAUACUGAGAGCAAGGAGAUAAUAGCAGACUUAUAGAAAAGAAAAAGAGGUGAGAGAGUGUGCUUUAUAUACUCUUCUCUCUAUCUCCAGCUGAGUAUAAAACACUUGCUAUCGCUCCAGAAUUGCCCAAUCGGGCUAUUACUCAGGGCCCCCCAGCUAUCCGGCUGCUUUCCGCCCCUAUCGCAAGCGGAAGGCCCCAACCACAUCUGGAAGGGCCCGGAGUCUGCUGUUACAAGAGGCCCGGCCUCAUUGGGCCUUGUUAUGUGUUAGUUUUGGGGCUGUUUCGAGCUGUUUCAGAGGCAAAAGCAGCAAAAGCAGCAGAGCAGAAGCAGAAGAAGCACUUCAAGAAGAUAGAGCAGUGGAGGCAGUGUCUGGUCUGUUUGGCGAUAAUGCUUUCUGUCUCGCGAAGAGGGUUUCUCUGCAAACCACCCAGUGCUUCUCGUUGGUUCACCUCGCUGGCACUGUUCCUCAGCAACACCACCACCAACAACAACAACACUCCAGCAGAGUCAAACACUACUGACGAUAUUGACCACAAGUACUCUCGAACUGUGUUGCUCCCAUCCACAUCUUUUCCCAACAGAUCCAACAAGAAGUUGAUCAACACACAACUAUUGCCCACAGUCACCGAUAGGCUCUACAACUGGCAAUACACCACUCGCAGCAACAAUCAUCUAUUUAUCCUCCACGAUGGCCCACCCUACGCGAAUGGCGAUUUACAUCUAGGUCACUCAGUCAACAAAAUCCUAAAGGACAUCAUCAACCGAUACAACGUCUUGAUUGGCAAAAAAGUCUACUACAGACCAGGCUGGGACUGCCAUGGUUUGCCCAUUGAGCUAAUGGCUUUAGACAAAAUUUCAAAAAAACUAAAAAAAAAGAAAUUGGAUACCAAAUCUUUCACUCCUGUCAAAAUCAGAGAGAUAGCUGAAAAACAUGCACUUCAGCAAAUUGAAAACCAACGAGCACAAUUCAAAUCUUUUGCUAUAAUGGGCGACUUCGAUAACCCUUAUCUAACUCUAUCAAGUGAAUUUCAAUUAAACCAAUUGAAAAUUUUUUAUAAAAUGUUUCAAAAAAAUCUAAUCAAAAGAAAGAAGAAACCCGUAUACUGGGGUUGUGAAACCAAUACUGCCUUAGCCGAAGGUGAACUAGAAUACAAUGAAAACCACAAAUCAACAGCUACUUACUUGCUUUUCCCUUUAAUUCAUUUCAACGAUGAUUUUAAAUCCUUUUUGCAAAACAACAAAAUCAACUUCAAUAACGAAAACCUAUCCUGUUUAAUUUGGACUUCCACACCAUGGACAAUCGCCAGUAAUAAAGCAAUUUGUAUCAAUCAAAAGCUCAAUUACUCUCUCAUCCACUCACCUGAACAUGGCUAUUUGGUAGUCGCUGAAGAUUUGGCAUCUAAAAUUUCCUCUUUAACUUCUUCCGAAUCAUCAAUAAUAACUUCCUUUCCAGGCUCUUUACUCCUAAAUAACAAAUAUAAAAACCCAUUAAUAACUGAUGAUUCCAUCAACUCAUUUCCAAUUAUACAUGGUGACCAUGUCACAAAUACUGCCGGUACUGGCUUAGUCCAUACUGCUCCUGGCCAUGGUAAUGAUGAUUAUUUCGCUUGUCUUAAUAAUGGUAUAACUGACAUUUUAUCUCCAGUUGAUGGUAGCGGUCGUUACACAAACGAAUUGCCAAAUGGUUUCGAGGUUUUAAUUGGCCAUAAAGUUCUAGGUGAGGGCACUCUUGAAAUGUUGCGUCUCUUGCAUUCUCAAAAAAUGAUUUAUCACUCACAAGAUUUGAUUCAUUCUUAUCCAUAUGACUGGAGAUCAAAAAAACCAAUAGUCAUACGUUCCACCCCUCAAUGGUUUGCUGACUUGUCCAACAUAAGAGAAACUGCGACAGAGUCAUUAUCAGACGUCAAUUUUGUUCCUCAAAGAGGUUUAAAUAGAUUGACUUCUUUUAUCAAAAAUAGAAAUGAAUGGUGUAUAUCUAGACAAAGAUCUUGGGGUGUUCCAAUUCCUUGUUUUUACCAUAAACAAACAGGCCAAUUUUUAAUGAAUCAAGAUACUAUUACUCAUUUAAUUCAAUUGCUUCUAAAUGGCACCUCUCUAAACUCUUGGUUUCAAGAAGAAGAAGAUAUCUCAUACUGGUUGCCAAAUUCCUACAAAUCAGAAGCACAUAAUUACACAAAAGGAAAAGACACCAUGGAUGUCUGGUUUGAUUCAGGUUCAAGUUGGACAUUAAUUGAACUGUAUUUAAACAGCCAAAAUUUAUUAAACUCCAGAAAAUAUCUAGCUGAUGUCUAUUUAGAAGGCUCAGAUCAGCAUAGAGGCUGGUUUCAGUCCUCUUUACUAACCAAAGUCGCUGCAGGUUCUUUGUUACCUGAAAAUAAUCUUGACAUGUCUUUUGAUAAACAGGCACCUUAUAAGACAAUUAUCACUCACGGUUUUACUCUAGAUGAAAAAGGUCAAAAGAUGUCCAAAUCAAUUGGCAAUACUAUUUUACCAGAUGAAAUCAUACUUGGAAAAAAAGGGCUUAAACCACUUGGUAUAGACGGUUUAAGAUUAUGGGUUGCACAAUCUGAUUUUACUCACGACAUUUCAAUUGGCCUAACUAUUAUGAAACAUGUAACUGAAAACUUGAUAAAAAUAAGAUUUACAUUUAAAUUUUUAUUGGGCAAUUUAAAUGACUUCUCAUAUGAAAAAGAUGCCAUAGAAUAUGAAAAUCUUAACCUAAUUGACAAAUAUUGUUUAUCAAAAAUUUACAAUCUAUAUCAAAAUGCUCAUUCUGAAUAUUCUGUCUACAACUAUAAAAAAUUGAUUCAGUUGAUAAACAAUAAUAUAAACAUAACUUUAUCUUCAUUAUAUUUCGAUGUAUGUAAAGACAGAUUAUAUGUGGAUGGUAUCGAUAGUCUAUCUAGAAGAUCGGCACAAACGGUUUUAUUUCAUGUUUUAAUGAUAUACUUGAAGAUUUUAUCUCCUAUUUUGCCAUUGAUGACUCAAGAGGCCACCGAUAAUAUUCCAAUAGAAAUGGCAAAGAUUUUUAAAACAGAUGGUUUCUUUUCCGCUUAUCAAAUUCAAAUUGAAGAUUAUUUUAAUGAAAAGUUCAUAAAUGGAAAAAUCGAAUCAUUUAUCGAUGAUUACGUUUCAAAAUUAAAGGACCAACUUUUAUUGAUGCUUGAACAAGGAAGAAUACUUAAGACAAUUAAAAAUUCACUAGAGUCUCAAGUUCAAUUGGUUAUUAAAUCAGGGAGUGAAAUGGUUUACUGGAAUUUACUUGAGAAAGAAAUGGGUGAAAAGGGAUUGAGCGAUUUACUUUUAGUUUCGAAUGUUAGAUUUGUUGAAGAGAUACCAGAAACAAUUGAUUCAAAUUUAUUGUAUGAUUAUAGACAAACUUUUGAGAUUGGAGGUGAUAAAUUUUUAGCAAGAGUUCUACCUUCAGAAGAUUUUAAAUGCCCGAGAUGUUGGAAAUAUACAGCCAAAAAGGAAAAAACAUUAUGCAGUCGAUGCGAUGAAUUAAUAGACUGAGAAUUUGAUGUAUUUGAAAUUAAAAAUAUCAUUUGUAUUAUAUUAUUAUUGUACAUAGAAUAAAUUACAUAUUAUAUAUAGUUGUAUAUAUAUAAAAAAUACUUGCAUAAGUAGACUAAAAAAUGAGAAUAUUUAAACCAGCAAUUGUGAAACCGAAGCUCAUACGAAAACAGAAAAGAAAUAAACUGAAUAUUAAUAGUGGAAAAUAAA